UGCUCACAAUCUUGAACGAAAAUCAAAAGUCGUAGUAUAGAGAGCUACUCAGUUUCGAUAUGCCUCGGAUUAUUCAUUUGACCUCUGUUAUUCUAUCCAUAUUGGUGUUCUUGGCCCAGUUAACUGAUGCCCAAUGGUGGGCUGGAAGACGUAGAAGGAAAUCAGUUUGUUAUGGGAAAUACGGGUGUUUCAGCGGCACAAAACCCUUUAAUCGUCUCUUGAUUCCUCUCCCACAAUCACCGAGGAAGAUUGGAGUGAAAUACUUCUUGACUACAAGAMGAAACCCAUCUGGAACUACAGUUAUAAAUGAUAGUAACGCUCGUCUUCUACGUUUGUCUGGCUACAAUGGUCGUAAACGAACUAUAAUUAUCAUCCAUGGAUUUAGAGAGAAGGUAARCGAGGCCUGGAUCACUGAAAUGAGGAAGGCACUCAUAAACAAGGAGGACGUCAAUAUUAUUGUUGUCGGAUGGAAUGCAAUGAAGGCUUACUGGACAAGCGUAGCCAACACUCUUGUAGUCGGAUCAAUGACAGCGCAACUGAUAAAGUUUCUUAAUCGCCAAAAGAGAAAUACUCCAGCUUCAUUCCAUGUUAUCGGCUUUAGUUUGGGAGCGCACAUCGCUGGAUACGUUGGUCGAAGGCUCAGGAAUGACCCACUUGGUCGRAUAACAGGWCUUGAUCCGGCAGGGCCUGGGUUCAAGGGUACUCACAAAGACGUCAAACUUGAUUCCACCGAUGCCUCUUUUGUUGACGUCAUCCAUACCGAUGCUGGUACCAUAUUUGGACUUAAUUAUGGAACGACCGACAAAAGCGGCCAUUUUGAUUUUUGGCCAAAUGGAGGAACAAAGCAGAGAGGAUGCAAAAAACUCAUUUGCGACCAUCUACGAGCACCAUCACUCUACAYAGAUACCAUCACAUCCCGGUGUGCAUUUCGCUCCUAUCGUUGUUCAAGUUGGGACCGAUUUAACCGUGGUAGYUGCAUGAAUUGUGCCGGAAGUAGUUGUCCAGAAAUGGGACAAAAUGCCUCCAAGUACAAAGAAUUGGCCAGUGGGAAUUUCUACCUUUACACCAACGAGAAUAAGCCUUUCUGUGUGUAUCGAUAUGUCUAUAUCACAUUUGCGACUGGUAAAACGUUCUCCGGAUUAAACCCAAGAAUCCGCAUCUAUGGAACUCGAGGCCGAAACACAGGAACUAUCAACCUGGCAAAGUAAGGCUAAUGUAGCAAUUUAAGAAGAGAUUCUAAGCAUUUUAAUCGCCUUUCAGUACAAACAGGUGACAUACAUACAAAAUUCUGCAUAUAGGGGUUCUGUAAUCGCCCAAGUAGCAGCUCUAUUCUUGGGUUGCAACCACAUAAUCAAAAAUCCCUCGAGAAAUAAAGAACAAAGCUAUCGCUAACAUGUUGAAUGACUGAACAAGAGAAACUAAUGAGGAAUGCUUUGUUAUUGUCAUCCAUGGCGGCGAUGACGUAACGUGCAACCCGAGUGAGGUUGUAGGAGAGAAAUGAAG